CCAGGACUCAAUUGAUUAGCCAGCAAAGAUGUUGUCCUCAGCAUUGGUUACGCGGUCGAGAGGGGUGAAGAUGAGCCUCUGCCUCUGUUGUCCCCCUCGAGCUCCUGGGGUGUCUGGUGCUUCCCCGCUCCGGGUUCCUGGCGCGACUCGUUUCCGGAGUAGAGGUUCUUCCCGGUAUAAGAAUAUGGCCCAUAAGAAUCUCCCUAGCCAGAGGAUGACCGCUUUUAGAACCCCUAGGAAUACUGCAUACAAUGGUCAACCAAUACCCACAGUCGAAGGAUUCCUCCAAGCCAGAACUGCCCUGCAGGAGAGAGGGGGGAAACCUGUUGAAAAAAGGGCCGACAAGGCACCUGUGCAAGACUACCGGGGGGUAUACACACUUACGGAGCAGGUGUUGAGGAGAUUGAUCCCGCCACUAUGCCAUUCGCCAGACAUGCAUUGCUGGUAUAAGGAGAAUCCAAUGCCCCCAGAGGAGCUCCGAACUCGCUAUCUUGCCUUUGUCGAUGAAGUUUUGGCAGGAUUUACGGUCCAAGAUUAUACAGCUACGGGCAGCUCUUUGCCAACGCCAGAGAAAAUCGCAACGAUACACAAAAAAGGAAGUGGAUUGGACAACUACUUUGUUGAUUCCUUUCUACAAUAUAUUGGCCAAAAGGAUUUAGCCAAGAAGGACAUUCAUAUGAUCAAUAUUAAGAAAGCUGCAGAUAUGAGGUUCCCUCAAGAAUGGUAUCCGAUGGCAAGGCAGUUUAAGAGAACUUGGCAUUUACAUGUUGGCCCCACCAAUUCUGGGAAGACCUAUAACGCGUUGAAGAGACUGGAGGAGGCCGCAGAUGGAAUUUAUGCCGGCCCGUUGCGUUUGUUGGCUCAUGAAAUUUUCGAAAGGAUGAAUUCCAAGGGAAUCCCGUGCAACCUUGUUACGGGAGACGACAUGCGGAUUGUCUCUGAAACAGCAGCUAUAUCUUCGAGCACCGUUGAGAUGGUGGAUUUGAAUCGGGAAGUUGAGGUUGCUGUUCUUGACGAGAUCCAGAUGAUUGGAGACGAAGACAGAGGAUGGGCAUGGACCCAAGCACUUCUUGGAGUACGGGCAAAGGAGGUCCACAUGUGCGGAGAAGAGCGAACAGUAGAUCUCAUCAAGAGCCUUGCGGCUAACGUGGGAGAUGAGUGUAUAGUCCAUAACUACAAGCGCUUAGGGCCGCUUGAAGUUAUGAAGGAGAGUCUAGGGGGCGACUUGACGAAGAUUCAGAAAGGAGACUGCGUCGUUACGUUUUCGAGGAAGAGCAUCUUCGCAAUGAAGAAGGAAAUCGAGAAGGUUACGGGGUUGAGAUGCGCCGUUAUAUAUGGAAGUCUGCCUCCAGAAACUAGAAGCCUGCAGGCAAGGUAUUUUAAUGAUCCCGAGAGUGGCUACGAUGUAUUGGUGGCUUCUGAUGCUGUCGGAAUGGGGCUUAACCUGAGUAUCAAGCGUAUGAUAUUUGAAACCACAAUCAAAUGGAAUGGCUCAGAAUAUGAACCUAUCAGUGUUCCUCAUAUCAAGCAGAUCGCUGGCCGAGCUGGUCGUUACAAGGUAGCUGUGUCUAAACACAACAUUCAAGCCGAUGAGACUAUCGCCCCACUACCUGCUGCUCCCUCAGUAGGUCUCGUUACAACACUGGACGAGGUAGACUACAAAUCUCUCAAAUAUGCCAUGUCAGUUACUCCAAAGCCGAUUGCAACAGCUGGUAUCCUCCCAAACUCAUCUCAGAUUGAGGAGUUCGCAUCCCUAUAUCCCCCGGAUAAGGAGCUAUCUUUUACCCUCAAAACAAUGGAUGAGGCCAUGCACACACGGAAGUUGUUCCACAUUUGCCGGGUAGAAACGCAGAUCAAGACUGCGAAGUUACUGGAAGGGAUAACGGGCUUGAGAAUUCUCGAAAAGUUGCAAUUUUGCAUGGCCCCUAUCGGGCGCAACGUAACAGUCCAAGAAGCAGUGAGGAAGAUGGCAGAGUGUGUGGGUUACAAUAAGGAUGGGAGUCUUCUGGAAAUCCCGAACCUGGAUUUGGAAGUUCUGGAUAUCGAUAACCCGAAAACUAUGCCAGUCUUACAGCGCCUGGAGUCAUUGCACAAGACCAUCUUGGUGUGGCUUUGGUUGUCCUGGCGUUUCCCUGCUACCUUCGCUCCGAGAGAAACAGCUCAGGAGCUUAAGACGAUUUGCGAAGAGAAAAUUGAUAUUGCACUAUCUAACGUACGUUUCGAAAGAGGAAAGAAGCCCAGGUACGAGAGGAUAACCCUCGGAGCCUCGAUGGAUGCGGAGGAAAUUGGAAGGAACACAGAUGUAGAAGGGCCUCUUAGCGACCUUGGCGAUGAAGGCGGGUUCGAAGAGACGGUUUUGCCACACCUGAACAACAAUCUGGUCGACUCGGGGAGGUUAAGGCGAGUAGCCGCGGCUAAUUGA